AUGGCAUCUCUUCCGACGCGGCGACGCGGCGGCAUUGGCGACGUGCCGUCGCGGAUGCCGCCGGGUACUACCGCACUAGCAUUACUCGACGAGAGUCCAUAUAAAGAACACGCGCAAGCGGGCAGAUUUAACGAGCCGCUUACGAUCGCCAGGUAUUUGCGAAUUAUCAAGCGCGAUAGAGACAUCACGGGAACGACAUCCUCUCGCGAUAUUAUGGCGUCGACCGGAGGCUUCACGGAGGGUAACCGCGAGACUACUUGUGGCAGUGGUCACGCGAGUUCCGGAGAUUGGCAGAAUUUACCCAAACCCACGAUAGACCCACGAAGCAUUCUGACAUCAAUGAAAGAUCGUAUAAAUGUGAAACAUCCAGCUAUAUUUAAACGUUUAGACGACCUUAAACGGCAUACAAAAAUACAUGCAAGCGAGAAACCACAUGUUUGCGAGAUUUGCGGCAAAGCCUUCAGUACGAAAUAUUACAAAGAUAGUCAUUGUUUGAUACAUAGCGAUAAAAAGCCUUAUGAUUGUUCGAUGUGUGGCAAGAAUUACACCACAAGAUCAUCACUUCUUGUACACAUGAAAAAUAAGGGUCACACAAGUAGCACCACCUGUAUAAUAAGUCAAGAACAAACUGUAACUGACAACGAAAUAGGUCAAGUACAAUUAUGA